GUGUGAACAUACCUAAUUGUAUUUUAGAAUGAAAAUUGUUUUCAUUGAAGAUUACGAUGAAGUAAGAUUCGAACAACCGUCAGUUGCAGUUUCAACGUAAAGACAAUUCAGUUUUCAGACACAGUAACCUCUGUAGCUCAAUAGUAUUGCCAACCUUCCGUCAUGUCAUCUGAUGUUGCCUUGACAACCGCACUGACCAUACUCAUUAUUGUGGACAUAAGUGGUAACUGUUUGGUCUGUUGGGUCGUCAAGAGAAAUCGGGAUAUGAGGACACCGUUUAAUUGGCUGCUUGUCAACCUAGCUUUAGCAGACAUUACGUUCGCGUUGUUCCAAGUACCGAAUCACAUUUUAACGUUCACCCCCCCUGACGGGACCAUUGGCUCAGCUUUAUGCAAAGUGCUCACCGCUGGUAAUGUGGCCUGGGUUGGGGCGGCGGCUGGAUCUAUUACUCUGGUCGUAAUAGCAUUUGAACGUUACUAUACCGUCAGGUGUCCUGUUAGUGGCAAAGGAAAACUUACCAAGAAUACAGUGAAGGUUAUCAUUCCUGCUUGUUGGAUCUUUGCAGCGGCAGCCAACAUACCUCUUUUCUUAGUUACAAAAUAUGAUGAGAAAACAGGAGACUGUCAGUGGAACUGGCCUGAAGACUGGAUGGGUGCGGCGAAUGAGACCUCAUGGCUUGUGCUGUUGGCCUGUAUUCCUUUGACACUGAUGAUCGGCUUAUACUCGAGGGUCGUCUAUGAAUUGUGGUUUAAGCCUCGUGAUGGUCCUGAAGUCGUUUGUAGGUACAAGGGAAUACUGAGAGUGCGCAAACGAGUCACAUUGAGUGUAAUCACUGUCAGUGUUAUCUUUGGAGUCUGUUGGAUCACAGGCCUUCUUAUUUACGUCUUGAUUCACUAUAACAUUCUUGUGUUUGGUUCAGCUUCCAACGUCGUUUCUGACAUUAUGUUUAUGGUUAAUUCUUCUGCCAAUCCUUUCGUGUACGCGCUGCUCAACGAACGUUUCAGGCAGAAGAUCAAGGCAAUGUUACACUGCACGUGCAAAUCAAAAAGAUACUCCCCUGCAACACACGAGCCAGCAACGAUAAUCCAUCAAAAGAACCAACUAAAUACCAAGUGAAAAUCAAAGCAAUUCAGAGGAAUUCACCAUAUUAACAGUGCAUAUUUUGAAAUAUUUUUAAUCUAGAGCAACCCGACCCACUUCCCACUAAUUAGAUCCUCUGUAGAAAAUAACCGCGUAGUGUUUGGAUCAGUCCUACGAUGUACUUAGAAAUAUUAAGUUUGUAACAUGUCCUAGAUAAGUGUCGAAGUUUUGCAGAUAAAGGCUGAUUGCCCAAAGUAUUAAACAUGAUCCAGAACUGACAGUAAUCUUUUCAGUAAGGUCUGUAGGUGGAUGGGCCAAAGCUCGCCACACAACCAUUACAUUAUCCAUAUAGGAGAGGAUGAACCAAGAGGGACCGUUCUCUUUUUUUAUCAUAUGCGUACCUCCUUUAGCUAGAAAAAUUUAAACACUACAUUUUAGGGUAUGGGUUCCUGUUCGGAUAAUCAGUUGCACGGAAUGUUAUAUUUAGGUGGCACUUAAACUUGUUUCUUUUGCUUAAUAUUUGAUUUUUGAGUGGAAGUAACAACGAUAAGAAAUAUUCAUCGUCAACUUUAUCAUUAUGAAGUAUCGAUAUUUCUAGAAACAGCAAAGGAACAACUCCAUACCAUCCCUGACAAUUUACUUUACAAGGUAUAGUUGCUCGAACAAGCAUUUAAUAAAAUUCACGGAAGCUUCAAUCACGUGCGAAACAUGUAAGAUGAUCUCAGACUUAAAAACCUAGUUCUAAUGUCUCACGUGGUCAUGGGCUCUAACACAUUGAUGACGUCAGUCAUGGUACAUCGUGUAAGCGGAUCUGGUGUGAUGCACUGCUCAGCCAACUCUCUCAGGUCCUUGUUCCACAUCAGUGCAAUUUGUCGCUCUCUUUCAGCAGGAUUAGGUGUUUGGUUGAUGCA